AUGACCACCGAACCAAACACAACCAGCUUCCCUAAUUUAACCGAAAACGACAUUGAAGAGAUUAAAAACUCAAACGUUAAAGUAAACACGGAGCGGUCAAGAAAAACCUGGAUGAAUGUCUGGUCAAAUUGGUGUUCAGCUAGAGGAAUAAGUCAGCCAAUUAAACUUUUUCCUUAUGAACAAUUGGAUAAGCUUCUCACCAAAUUUUAUGGCGAGGUUAAAAAAGUGAAUGGAGCGGACGACGAGCCAGAAAGCCCUCGCGUGAUGCAAGCUGCAAUUGAUCGCUACUUACAUGACAAAGAUUACGGCGAAAGAAUCAUUUCUUCAAGGCAAUUUCAUCAGUCUAUGAAGACACUCAACGCUAAAGCAGCACGUCUCCGACAGCAAGACAUGGGUAAGCGUCCCAACAAAGCAGAAGCACUCAACCAAAGCAAAGAGGAAUUGCUGUGGGAAAACGGUUCACUCGGAAAUCAUUCGCCAGUCGCGUUGACAAAUGCCAAUUUCAAGUGUCUUUCGGAGCAAAUGGGUUUGCGAGGACGACAGGACAACCACGACGCAUAG